CAUUUUAUGGAAGUUGAUGCUGAGAAGCUGCCAAGGGAUAAUGGAACCAAGACGCAUCAUAGCCGCUCCAGAGGCAAUGACCCAUUAAGAUUGAAUUUACUCACAGUGUCAGCUGCUCCUCAAAUAAUAGCAUGGAUUUGAGUACUGCAUCCACUUCUGGUAUAGCUUCAUCUAGGGAGAUGCAUCCUUCAAAUACAUCUGCCCAAGGCAGUCAAAGUUUGGCAAGGGAUUCUGCGGAUGAAACUGACACAGGUCAAUUGAGUGCUCAGGAGGAGCCUUUAGACAUGAGUGUUUCUGUAGCCUCUGCUGGACCAAUGGAUUCUGAAACACUUUUAGUUCAGCAGGAGGCUUAUAGGGACCAGCAAGUUAGUGGACUAACACCUGAGCUUCUGCGGCAACACCAACAAGCAAUGCGAGAAUUUUUUCCAGAGGUGCAACCAUUAGCAGAAGUUGAUAGCAUUCCUGUAUCUUCUGAGCAACCAUUAUCUGUUGAAUCUGAACCUCUAUAUUCAGAUUCUGUACUAAUUGCAAACCAACAGGCAUUUCGAUCAGAGUUGGAACAACAGAAUUUGUCCAGUAGGCUGGUGAGCAGAAAGUCACCGAGCUCAUCCAAAGAAGAUGAGUCUCCUCAAGCUAAGCUGAGCCGCAGCAGCAGCAGCACGCUACUCCUGCAUCCCAGUCUCAGGCACCUCAACAGCCACGAUCUUGCUGUGGCUUUGCUGCGGCAGGAUAAACGCGAGGUUGCGUUAAACCUCAAGCAAGAAUGCAUUGAAAAUCUUCAAGUGGAAAAUGGCAGGCAACCUCUGUCCAGGACGCUGUGGUGCCUGCUGGAGUUGCUGCUGAAUGUCAACACGCCCGUGACGCGCCACGCCCUUGAGUGGCUGCAUUACCUCGUCGCUGCCGGGGACGACCCCCAGCAGUUCGUGGAGGCCG